CCAAAUCAUUCGGCAAAUAUAAAAGAAGGCUUUUGGGUUUGGCUAACACGGUAUAUAAUAUCAGCAACAACAAAAAUGAGAAUGAAUGUAUUAUUCUUUGCUAUUUCAGUUGCUAAUUUCCCACCAGGAAUAUUUGUUGAGAAAGUUCACGUCGCAGAGAAAAGUGUCUGUUUUCAUGGAAGUGCUGCUGAUUGGGUCAAACAUAACUCUGAAAAUGGCGCGGAUACAAGUAGUUCUGGAAAGUCAAAACCAGCAUUUUCUGCCUUGACUGCCAGAGAUACUAGCUUCGAAGCCGGACAGAUAUAUAAGUUUACUUCAAUUAAAUUAAAUGUUCGAAGCAUGUAUAAUCCCAUCGACGGUAAAGCAACGAUACCUUCCAAUGGUAACUACGCAAUCUCAUGGCAUAUCCUAUCUAAUGGAGGAUAUGCUGUUUAUCCAUAUCUGAAGGUAAAUAAUAAAUACCAAGGCUACACUGCGUGUGAUGCUAGAGGAUCCAAUGGAGUACGAAUGUCAUGUGGAAAUUUGGUGGUUCUUCCAUUAAAGAAAGGAGAUAAGAUUUGGAUAGAGGAGUCGACGUCAAAUACAAGUGGCCGUAAAAAUGUGCAAGGUGGAUUUUCGUCCUUUUCUGCAUGGAAAAUAUGAAAUAAAAUCUAAAAUGCUUCUUA